AUGUCCCCCUCAAAGCAAGCAAUCCUCGUCACCGGAGGCUGUGGCUACAUUGGCUCGCACACGGUCCUCCGCCUCCUCGAGUCCGGUUACAAGGUCAUCGUCGUAGACAACCUCUCAAACUCAUCCUACGAGUCCCUCCGCCGCGUCCACAAGCUCUACGCCAUCACCGCCGCCGCCUCGCCCUCGGCACAAUUUGAAGACGCCGCCCUCCCCGUCGAAACCCUCAUCCCCUUCUACCAGGUCGACAUCCUUGACCGCCAUGGCCUCGUCAAGGUCUUUGAAGAUCACCCCGAAAUCUCCUCCGUGAUCCAUUUCGCUGGCCGCAAAGCCGUCGGUGAAUCGGGCCGGAUUCCUUUAGACUAUUAUAAUGUCAACAUCUCAGGCACGGUCAACCUGUUGCAGGUCAUGGAGGACUUUCAUGUCCGCAAGAUUGUCUUUUCUUCAUCCGCUACUGUCUAUGGCAACCCUCCUUCGAUUCCCAUCCCUGAGACGUCGCCCAUCGUCACUGUGAUGAGCCCCUACGGAAGAACAAAGGUCUUUUUGGAACAUAUACUCAAGGACCUCUGCGUCGCCUCUGUUAUUAAGCAGCAGCAGCACCUCCAGGACCGUACCAACAACACUGACGGAGCCAACGGAGCUGAGGUCGAGCGUAACUAUGAGUGGAGCGUGAUGUUGUUGAGAUACUUCAACCCUGCGGGAGCUCAUCCUUCGGGUAUUAUGGGAGAGGAUUGCAAGGGCACCCCCAACAACUUGAUGCCCUUCUUGUCCCAGGUCGCUGUCGGCAAGCUCGAGAGACUCGCCGUCUUUGGAAACGACUACCCCACUGAUGACGGUACCUGCAUUCGCGACUACCUCCAUGUUGUCGAUCUCGCACAGGGUCACGUCGCAGCAUUAGAAAAGUUGGAUCAGGAACAGGCUGCAGGAAACUAUGGCUGCAAGGCCUACAACUUGGGAACCGGCACCGGCUACUCGGUCUUUGACAUGGUCAAGGCCUUCAACAAAGCUGUCGGAACAGACCUCCCCUACAAGGUCACCGACCGCCGUGCCGGAGAUGUCCCCAACCUGACCUCGGACCCUCGUCUUGCCAACAAGGAGUUGAACUGGAGGGCAGAAAAGACUCUUGACGAGAUGUGUGCCGAUCUCUGGAGAUGGCAGCGCAACAACCCUGAUGGUUAUGCUGUCUCACCCUCUAUCCCUCAUCCCGUUUAA